AUGGAACCAUCUAAAGAAGCGAUUGCUGUACGCAUCACGCGAUUAAAUCGACAAAUACUUGGUAAAGUAACAGGUGGUGCUACUAAGUUCAACAAAAAGACAAUAGACCGCGAAGCUUUGCUGGAUGCUCUAACAGUUCUUUAUGAUGAGUGCAACGAUGAUCCAGUCAAACGAACGGAUGAUUUGGUCAAAGCCUUCGUGGACAAAUAUCGCAGCACAUUGGCAGAGCUACGCAGGACUAGAGUUUGCAUUUCCGACUUUGAGAUGCUACAGACUAUUGGCCGAGGACACUUUGGAGAAGUUCAUAUGGUGAGAGAAAAGCAAACAGGUGAUGUAUACGCACUGAAGACAUUGCGCAAGGAGCAGUCGCGCAAGCGCGCGGCAGAUGAAGAGCGCGACGUACUGGCAACUGCAACUGGACCCUGGUUACCUAAGCUGCAAUAUGCUUUCCAAGACAGCAACAAUCUAUACUUAGUAAUGGAGUUAUGUUGCGGCGGUGACCUGGCGGGCCUACUAGCUCGCCGCUCGCAUCCACUGCCAGAGCGGGAAGCGGCCUUUUACGUGGCGGAGGUUACUCAUGCGCUUAAAGCGUUACACGGAAUGGGUUAUGUGCAUAGAGAUGUGAAACCACAUAAUAUACUGCUUGACAGAUGCGGGCACGUAAAGCUGGGCGACCUGGGGUCGAGCGCGCGCCUGUCGGAGGGCGGGUGCUCGGGCGCGGCGCCGGCCACGGCCGACUACAUGGCGCCCGAGCUGCUCGCCGCCGCCGACUGCGCCACGCACACUGUCUGUGUCGCCUACUGCGCACGAGUCGUUACCACUGCCAUUUCAUCGUGUGACUACUGGUCGCUAGGAGUGAUCGCCUUCGAACUCGUGACGCUGCGACGACCGUUCUCUACGGGAGAUGAAGACUCCAUCCCACAGAUUCUCAGUAAUAUACAGAGGUAUGAACGCGAAUCCACUCCUGAGUUACCAUGGGACGAACCUCCGGCGAGUCCAUCUCGGGAAUGGCGCGCCUUAGUUGCUGGACUACUGAGAGUGAUCCCAUCGAGAAGAUACUCUUAUUUGGACACUCUACAACACGCCGCGUUGGCACAUCUCCCCGCCCAUAGUAUACGCGAUCAGGCGCCUCCCUGGGUGCCGUGUAUACGCGGUUCAGAGGACUCUUCGUUCUUCAAUCCACCUGCGCGGGGCCCUUCCCCGCCCAGUGCUGCACCUUUCCGCACCAGACCACCUUUCGCUGGACAAUUACCUUUUGUUGGUUACACAUAUGUUGCCUCCGAUGAUCACGAGGAUAGCAGCGGUGGUUUUAAUGCUUCGCACGACUGCACCGCCAUCGAUCUUGCCACUUUCAAAUCAGCUGAAAAGCUAGCAGCAAUGCGCAGUCGCGAAAUCGCUACAUUACAAACUAAGUUAGCCGAGACAGAAGCAUUGGUGAGCACAAGUGUUGAGCGCACACGUCACGAGGCCGAGGCCGAGGCCGAGAGAGUGCGUGCACGAUUACAGGCAGACAUCACUGCACUUACCCUGCAGAACAAACGUCUAGAGCGCCAAGUAGAAGUAGAGAAAGAAGAACGAAUGGCUCUUCAGCGUACCAAUCAGGAGCUAACUACAGGUAUUGCCGAACGCAACAAUGCGGAGGUCCGUAACGCUAAGGCAGCAGCUGCUGCGCUACAGGCAGAGAGAGACAAGUUAAGAGACGACUUGAGACGUUUGCAGGCUAAGUGUGAUACCCUGCAGACAGAUUGUAGCAGAGCCUUGGCAGAAGCAGACUCAGCUAAGUCGCAACAACAACAUUACAGAGACAUAGUAGAUCACGUACAAGAUUUACGUCACAGGCGUCUGACGGAAUUGAACGUGCGUACCAUCGAUACAAUAGCAAAGGAGCGUGCUAUUCGUCGUCAGACAUUAAGCGGUGGUGAGGCCGAGAGCCGAGAGGCAGCGGCCCGUAUCGCCGCUGCUGAAGCCAACGCCUCAAAGGAAUUACGGGCGAGGCAGCUGGCCGAGAAAAAACUCGCUAAGCUAGAGGAUGAGAAUAGAGUGCUAAGUGAUGAAAUAGAAGAUGUUAAGAGACAUUUGGCGUCGACUCAGAAUAAACUGUCUGAAAAGCAACACAUGGUUGUCACAUCAGCCGAACAACUAAAAGAGUUACAAGUGCAACUAGCCCAGGAGCGAGUCAGAGCUUCAACAUUACUGGCGCAAGUGCAGGAACUGGAGCGUAAUGUUGAGGAGGCCGUCCGUCGCGAAGCUGCGCUGGAGGAGCAGUGCGCCCGCACCGAGGCGCGCCUCAACGAGCGGCUCGAGGCCGCCGAGCACAGAGCCGCCGCCGCACUACACGAGGACGCCAGGCACAGAGAAAAAGUGAACACUCUAGAACAAUUAGUCCGUCAGCUUGAACGUGAGGUAAACGCGUUGGAAAAGCGUUCUUGUGUGACGUGCACGACGAAUGCUGCACAACCGGAAAGCGAACAGGAGGUCCCAUUAAACGCAUGUCACAAUGGGGUUGAGAGCGUCCCCACGAGCGCCAGAGAUAUAAAGAAAGAUGCUAUCUCUGACACUGAAAGUGUCGGGGAUGUGAAUGCACAGCAUGCGCAUGCGCAACUCUCCUUGUUAAAAGAACAGCUGGAAAGAGCAGAGGCACAGUUGCAGGCGCGUGCUGAAGAAUUAGCAACUCUUCGUCAAGAAACCAGGGCAGCUAAUUUAGCGAGAUGGCGUAAGGAACGCGAAUAUAACGAACUUUCAGUAGAAUCAAAAUCAACUGCUCGUGACCUUAAACGCGCAGAGGAACGUUUGACCACCGCCAUCGAAGCUCGGAAGAGUGCUGAGAAAAAAGCAGGCGAAGUACAUUCUGAACUAGCGUCUCUAAAACCCAAGUAUGAACUAGCUAGCCGGGAGACGGGGCAACUAAAGGAGCGCUUAGAAAAGCUUGAGAAGACUAAUGAAGUUAUUCAAGUCGAAGUUGAUAGGUCUCGUAACGAUAUCCGAAAACUAAAGAGUGAACUGCAGUAUAGCGAGAAGCGUAGACUGCAUGCCGAAGAACAGGAGGAGCUCUCGAGCCGAGAGCGGGCACAGCUCAGAGACGAGCUACAAGAAAUUAGGAGGCACAACAACGACCUUGUGCAGAACAACAAGGCUCUCCAGGAGGCUUGUAGCAUGCUCGAAGAGCAGCUGACUGAUCUAGAGAAGUUGGCUGAUCUUCAUGAACUCAAAAAUAAGGACCUCGAGGGUCAACUACAAACGGUCCGUGCGGAGCUAACGUCAUGUCGCAGCCGGCUGAACGAAGCUGAGCAUCAGGCCACCGAGCGCGGUGCCGCCGCCAGCCGCGCCGCCGCGCAGCACGACGAGGCGCGGGAACAAGCGCGACACGCUCACUGCGAACUGCAGUUGCUCCGGGAGAGGCUAGAGGCCCGCGAGACCCGCGUGGCGGAGCUGGAGGCGCGGGCGGCGGCGCUGGAGAGCGCGCGGGCGGCGAGCGACGCGGCGCUGGCGAGCGCGGCGCGGCGCGUGCGCGACCUGCAGGAGGAGUGCGCCGCGCUGCGCACGCGCGCGCACCACCACCACGCGCAAGCGCUGCAGCUGCAGGCCAGCCUCGCCGACGCGCAGGAGGAGCUUGCGGCGGCGCGCGAGGCGGCGGAGGCGGCGGCGUCGUGGUGGCGCACGCGCGAGACCAAGGCCGACGCCACGCUGCGCCAGCAGGCCAAGCUCAUCGACUUCUUGCAGGCUAAAGUGGAAGAAUCAGGUCGCAAAAAGUGCUCUCUAAGCAACAAGUUGUUCGGAAGAUCCGGACGGAGACCCGCUGCUUCACCACCGUUGAGGAGAGCCAACAGAGAACUUAAGGAAGAAGUAGAGAGAUUACGCGCGAAAUUAGCAGCGUGCAGUGGUGCAGGUGACGAUUAUCCUCCAAGCACUCCAAGGCGGGAAAAGCAAAAGCCGGUAUUAAACGGGCCUAAGAGAAGCAUCGAUGUGCCUGAUUCAUCACAAGACAAAACUUUGCUCAUUGUCUGGCCCGAUGACAGCAGAGAGCGCAUGCACGCCAAGUGCGUGAACGACGUGAUGGUGCUCACGAGCGGGGACAGGGAGAUGCGCGCGCGCCUCCUCUCCGCCGAUGUCAACAACUUGCCGCACAAUGAAGCUAAUAGAGCAUUCUCUAUCGCGGUGGACGCGUGUCCGAAGGGCGGCGAGGCGGUGGUGGUGUGCGGCAGCGUGGCGGAGCGCGCCGCGUGGGUGUCGCAGCUGUGCGCCGCGCACGUGGCGCCGCGCGGCUACGCGCCCGCGCCGCUCGGCCUGCAGCGCGCCGAGCCCGCCCUCGCGCUCUACGUCGCGCCCAACGCCGUGGCCAUCGGCGGCGCGGACGGGCUGCACUCGCUGCGCGGCGCCGUGAGCAUGGAGUGGCGGGGCGGGCCUGCGGGCGCAGCGGGCGGCGCCGUGACGUGCGGCGCGCUGGCGGGCGGGCGCGCGCUGCUGGUGGCGGGCGGCGCGCUGGCGCAGGCGGGGCUGCUGGCGCUGGGCUCGGCGCUGCGUCGCGCCGCGCACCUGCGCCCCGCGCUGCCGCUGGCGCACGUGCCGCUGCCCGACGCCGCGCCGCCGCACCUCGUCAAGGCAUUAGUGGGUGAUACAGCCGAAGAACCCUCCGUGUCUGUUGCCUGCGGUCGUCGAGUAUUUUUGCUGCGAUACGAUGCCGCCACUUCGGAGUUCAAGAUUUCACGAUCACUAACAGUAGAUCGUCCACCUAGCUCUCUACUUCUUACUAGUAAAUACUUAUUUAUAGCUGGUGAAAAACCUUUAAAAGUGAGUCUCCCAUCAGGCGCUUUGGAAGCGUUCGGAAUGGACGAACCAAACGUGGCCGCGGCCGCAAAGAAACAUUCACCGCCUAAAGCAUUUUUGCUCAUCCAAGUAAACCCUAUAGAAAUACUAUUAUGUUACGCAGAAUGUGGAGUUUUUAUCGAUGAAAACGGAAAACGUACUCGUAACGAAGACCCUAAAUGGAGUACAGCCGUGUACAGCUGGGAAUUUGUCAAACCCUUUUUAUAUGUCAUAGGGGAUGACAAAGUGACAAUAGUUUAUCUGAACGAGGACGCUUAUAGGGCUCCGCCUUGCACUUGUGACGCAACCUCUCUCGCAUCCUCUAAUUCUGAUUGUUAUCUGCCUGAAAUAUUUACCCUGAAAAUUAAAGAGCCAAUGCUACUUGGAGCGUCACCUAACGGCAUCAUAAUACGUUCUAAAAGUGACGACGGAUACAACGUCUCGAUAGUAGAUGGGAUGGCGGCAUUUAGAAGCAUCGGGGCAUCUGUCGAGUCUCUUGCUACAAUAUCGGACACGAAAGGGUCGUCGUCUGACCUGGCCCAAUCUUUGAGUGAUUUCUUGGGACCAGAAGAUAUAUCACAAGAGAGUGUAGAAGUGACUACUGGUUUCCUAGCCGAUAUAAGAAAACGGGCUCGCCAGCUCCGGAAUAAGCAACGUAAGGACCCAACGCCAGAUGAUGUUAUAAAAGAAAUAUUGACGACGGAGGUCGAGAUGAAACGCACACCAAACGGUAGGAAAUCUCCUGCGACCAUAUCAGAGUUCGAUUCUGACUCUGAUUCAGCAGAAAGCGAAGAUAAAGACAAUAUAAAUCACGCCGCAGACCUUUGUGCCGAAAUGUUUACCAGACAGGUACGCUUUCAGUGA